AUGGAUGCUAAAAUUGAGCCGGUUGAGGGGGUCGACCUUGAUGACAGCCACAACAAGGCCAUUUUGAUCGUUACUUCUGUCUUCUUCGGUAUUUCGCUGGUGAGCGUUAUCCUGAGAUGCUUCGUUCGUACACAAGUCGUUCGUGCUUGGGGCUGGGAUGAUGGAACCAUGGUAAUAGCUAUGGCCUUCAACACGGCUUUCGCCAUCUGCGGGAUCAUCGGAUGUAAAUACGGCCUCGGGAGGGAACUAUCUUAUUUUACCCUACACCCAGACGACCUCCAACGUGCAAUGCUGUGCUGGUGGGUAGGCCAACUCUUCUACGUAUUAACCUGUGUCGUCGCAAAGCUCUCCAUCAUCAUUGCCCUCCUCCGAAUCACUAUCUCUCGCAUCCACGCCUACAUCCUCUACGCCGCCAUGGGUCUUGCCACUGCCAUUGGCCUCAUCUUCUUCUUUUUCACCGUGUUCCAAUGCUCACCCGUCGACUAUUUCUGGCACCGCGUGCAGCCUAACACUCAUGGCUCGUGCAUCAAUAAAACCACCCUUAUCGGUGUCGCGUACUUGUAUAGUGUCGGCGCCGCUAUAACCGACCUGACUAUUGGAUUGCUUCCGGUCGCAUUAAUCUGGAAUUUGCGUAUGAAUCGCCGCACUAAGGUUGCCAUUAACGCUAUUUUGGGUAUCGGUUGCAUUGCGAGUGCUGCGGUUAUUAUUCGCAUCCCCUACAUGCCCACCUACAAAGAUCCAGACUUCCUAUACGCCACUUACCAACUCUCUAUAUGGUCCAACGUCGAAGCAGGAAUUGGCAUCACGGCGGGCUGUCUCACAACCUUCCGACCCUUAGUCCGCUUUUUCCGCGAUGGUUCAUCUGUUACCACACCAAAUUCAUUCUCUCUAUCUCACAACAUUGCCGGUGGUUUCCACCGCUCUGCACCAUCAAAGCAGGUGUCCCGUGAUGACGCGCACCAGCUCUGGACUGGCAGAGGGAGUGACGAAUACCACGGCGUUACCACCACUAUCUCCGGAUCUCGCCAAAAACAACAUAGUUCCAGUGAGGAGCAACUGGCUCCAUAUAGUAACGAGUCCGAUGCUCCAGGGUGGAUGGUGGAGAGGUCUGUUCGCGUGUCCGUGCACAAUUCAUGA